AUGGAACCAGAAAACCACACAAAGAUUCCAGAGUUUAUUCUCCUUGGACUCUCAGAUGAAGAGGAAUUGCAGUCUUUUCUUCUUGGGCUGUUCCUGUUCAUGUACUUGGUCACGUUUAUUGGGAACCUUCUCAUCAUCUUGGCCACCAUCACUGGCUCCCAUCUCCACACUCCCAUGUACUUCUUCCUCUCCAAUCUGUCCUUUGUAGACAUCUGUUUCACCUCCACCACUGUUCCAAAUAUGUUGGUGAACAUCCAUACCCAUAACAAAGCCAUCACCUAUCAAGGCUGCCUCACCCAAAUGUACUUUUUCAUUCUUUUUGCAGAGUUGGAUAUUUUUCUCCUUUCUAUAAUGGCCUAUGACAGGUUUGUGGCCAUCUGUCACCCACUGCACUACACCAUUAUCAUGAAUCCCACCCUCUGUGGCUUGCUGCUACUGGUGUCCUGGAUAUUAAGUGUCCUUGACUCUUUGCUGCGUGGUUUACUGGUGUUGCGGCUGUCCUUCUGUACUAACUUGGAGAUCCCCCACUUCUUCUGUGAAAUCAAUCAGGUGAUCCAACUUGCCUGUUCUGACACCUUCCUCAAUACCAUAGAGAUGUAUUUUGCAACUGGAGUGAUGGGCAUUAUUCCCCUCAGUGGCAUCGUAUUUUCUUAUUCUCGGAUUGUGUCAUCCAUACUGAGAAUUACAUCAGCAAGGGGGAAGUAUAAGGCAUUUUCCACUUGUGGGUCUCACCUUUCAGUUGUUUCCUUGUUUUAUGGCACAGGUAUUGGGGUCUACCUCAGUUCUGCCACUACCCAAAAUUCCAGAAUCAAUGCAAUAGCCUCCGUGAUAUAUACCAUAGUGACACCCAUGCUAAACCCCUUUAUCUACAGUCUGAGGAACAAGGACAUGAAAGGGGCCCUAAAAAGUCUUGUUGGCAUUGCCACUUUGAAUGAAUGA